ACAUUUGUUGCGGACGUGAGUGGCUGAAUCGCGAGUGAAAAUACGUUGAACCAUAGACAAUUAAACUGAAGCUUUAAAAAGUAUGCCAUGUAUUGUUUUGUUAUUAUGAAAUUAUGUGUUGCGGAAGUGUUUGGAAACCGGCGCGAAUUCUAAGUUUUUAUAUGAGUGAAUAAAUUAUUUGGUUUUUCUAUCCUUGACUAAUAGUCUUUGGACUUAGUUGCAAAAAGUUUUGAUAAUAUCCUAUAUACAUAGACGCACAGAAAUAGUGUUAGUGAUGUGGAUAUCGACAAUAAUAUGAGUGGACAAAGCACGAGUUUAGUGAUGUACCAGAUGUUCGAUACUUCGACGUGGUCAUAGAUGUUGUAUCCUGAAUGUUCUAUAAACAACAACGAUGGAGAGUCGAGUGGGACUGGACUACAUCGUGGAACAUGCGGAGUACGCCAGCAAAUUGGCUACAGCCCUCACCUCCCCCACGCCAGCUGUUAAGAAACAAGUGUUUGAGCUCCUGUCAGCGCUGUGCGUGUACAACGCGGACGGAUACGCACGAGCUGUUGACACCUUGGACAGAUAUAAGGUUUUAAAAGGCGACAGGUACCGUCUAAAUAUAGUUGUGGAGGAACUGAAGAAUGCGACGACGAUCGACUACAAGACCACGUUGGUCGCCUUCAUCAAUUGUCUCAUUAUAUCGGCUCCUCGGCUGCCAGACAGGAUCAGGGUGCGGAAUGAGUUUAUUGGUUUGGGAUUAUUGCCAACUCUUAGUAAUUUAAGGCAUGAAGCAAGUACCAACCCAGACUUCGGGGUCCAGCUAGACGUGUUCGAUGAACAGAGAGAGAGUGAUGAAGCGCAGGGUCCUGGAGGCAUCAACCUGAACUCACAUCUCGAUGUCUUCUACGCGAUACUCAAACAGGUUUCCGACACACCACAAGAAAUCCCAUUUCUCAGCAUUCUGCAGCACCUUCUACGAAUAGAUCCUAAAGAGGCAGUCAGCGACAUUAUAUGGGACACGGCAGAGACUCUGGUCCAUAGAGCAACGCUGUUGGAGACCAGAGAAGAUGCUGCAAAGCUUUUAAGAGCGCCAAGUGUACAGGCUAAAAUGGGAUGCACGUGUCAACAUAGAGAUUUGUCAAACUCGGCUCGUAAGCAAAGUCUUCAGCGAGCCCUGUCACCUCCACCGCCGGUGCCUUUACCGCCGCCGCCACCAUUACCGCCACCCGCUGCCCCCCUGCCCCCCGCGCCGCCGGCGCCCCCUCCCCCCCGCGGGCCUCCUCCCCCGCCGCUGAUGACGUCACCCGCGCCGCCGCCGCCCCCGCAGUGUGACGUGACGCUGCCGCAGCAAGAGACUCCGAUACCAAAAACCAAAAUGAAGACCAUCAACUGGAACAAAAUACCGAACAAUAAAGUGAUAGGACAGAAUAACAUCUGGUCUAUCGUGGCGUCUAGUCACAAACAUUCACCAAAGACUGAGCUAGACUGGAGCGAGAUUGAAGGACUAUUCUGCCAACAAGUUCAACCGACAGGAUCAGCGGGCUCGUCCCCUCGGCUGGGCAGAAGUCCGAUAUGUGACAGUUCUGGUGAAAGGAAACCCAGGAAGGAACCCUCGGAGAUCACACUGCUUGAUGGAAAGAGGAGUCUCAAUGUCAACAUAUUUUUGAAACAAUUCAGAAGUUCAAACGAAGAUAUAAUCCAGAUGAUUCGGGAUGGUGCCCACGACGACAUCGGCGCGGAGAAGCUUCGUGGCCUGCUCAAGAUAUUGCCGGAGUUAGACGAGUGCGAAAUGCUGAGGACUUUCUCCGGUGACGUCACCAAACUGGGGAAUGCUGAGAAAUUUCUGAUGCAACUGAUUCAGCUGCCUAAUUACAAGCUCCGUAUUGAAUGUAUGCUUCUGAAGGAAGAAUGGUCUUCCACCGCUGGAUAUCUAGAAAGUGCUAUUAACGCUAUCUUGGUGGCCGGAGAUGACCUCAUGAGUUCCAGAGCUAUACAGGAAAUAUUAUACAUAUCACUGAUAGCUGGUAACUUCCUGAACGCCGGAGGGUACGCGGGCGGUGCGGCCGGUGUCAAACUGUCCUCACUGCAGAAGUUGUCUGACAUCCGCGCGAACAAACCCGGGAUGAAUCUCAUGCACUACGUUGCUAUGCAAGCAGAACGAAAGAACAAAGAGCUGGUCCACUUCGCGGAUGACACCCGCGUUCUAGAUGAGGCAGCCAAAGCGAGCGUGGAACAGCUGCACAAUGAAAUCCAGGGCUUGGCCAGUCGCGUGUCUGCUCUCCAGAGAGACAUUCACAUGCAGCACGACAUCCGCCAGCAGUACGGGGACUUUCUGCAGGUGGCUGAGAGUGAAGUAUCCGCUUUGAAGAAAGACAUGGAGGAGGUGGGCAGUCUGAGGGUUCAGCUCGCGGAGUUCUUCUGUGAGGAUCCCGUCUCCUUCAAACUGGAAGAAUGCUUUAAGAUAUUCUCAACGUUCUGCAAUAAGUUCCGACAAGCCGUGCAGGACAACGAGCGCCGGCGAGCCAAUGAGGAGCAGGCGGCUCAGCGACGGAAGGCCAGGGAUAUGGCAACAGCGAGGAACAAAACUGGUGGAAGCGUUUGUAGUACGCCCGUAUCUGAAAGUGAGUCUUUAAUGGAGUCCUUAUUGCUGGACAUCCGGAACGGACUCACCAGGAGGUCCCUGAGGAAGCAGAGCAGAGACCCUUCCCCAUCCCCUGAUGUGACCCCAACGGGAAGUCUCCGUAGACGGAGCAGAGCAAGUCCAGGGGAAGAUGAGGAGGGUUUGUUGGAAUUUCUCCGUCACGCCUCUCCAGCCGCCAGCGACCUGAGGGAGAGAAGCGCAUGGGGGAGCUUAGAUCGUUCGUGGUCGCGGCGAGGGGCGGUGCGGGCUAGACUCGACAUCCCCGCAGCGGAUCGCGAGCGAGCCGCGUCUCCCCGCAAUACAGCACCCAACUCACCCCAUCCUCCCGCACCACAAGACGACACUGUCAAACCCAGAGAAUGGCGACAAAAGAUUGAGUGUUGGCUGCGAGCUAACAGUGAGGAAGAGAAACGGAACAGCGAGCUGCGGGAGAAAGCGAGACGGCUGCAGGCCAACCGGCGCUCCUUGGAAAACGACUCCGAGAGUGAUCGAAGUGCCUGCCUGGAUACGUUGCCAGAAACCAAGGCGGAAUGGCGACCCGCGGUGCCACGGGACACCGAAUUGGUGGACACGCUCGCCGCUGUUGAGGAUGUGCAACCACCAAAAGACAACAGAGUGUUAAGGAGAAGAUCAGAAGAGAAUGAAGAGAUGAGGCGGCUCAGACGACAGAGGUCACGACAGCAAAUCGAAUCUCCACAACCGCUUGUGUCCAUAUCAGAGGAAGAUAAACGAAAACUUCCUGACAUUACUGUCACUGGUGAAAAAGAUAAGAGCAGUAGAGUCGAAAUUGAUUCAGAUAAUAUUGAAACACCACCGGCUCAACGAAAACUGUUCAACCCGCCACCAGAAAGAGAACCGUGUCGAAGACUUCAAUCUAACUCAAACGACAGAGACGCCAACAUGAGAGACUUGUGCCAAGAAAUAUUAGGCGAUGGACAAUUCGAUAGGUUCUCAGCAACUAGAAGAACUAGGCGAUAUAAACGUAGUACUGAAGCCUCCUCACCCGAAGAAGAAAAGAAAGAUGUGACACCUGAACUAGUUGCAGAAACUCAAGUGCUGCGACCAUCAAAGUUAGAAGUGCAAGCAUCUUAUACUGUUGAGAAGCCAAAAGAGACAGUAGCCAAACCGAUCGAAGUCAAGGAUGAGAAGGAGAAUAGACUUAAACGCUGGCAGGACAGAUUGAAAAACCAAAGUACAGAAAAGCCCAAAGAUAAGCCGUAUAAUAGAAUGAGAAGGCAGACAUCUAUAAACCAAGAAGAUGUCCAAAAAGCGAUACGGGAACUCAAGUCUCCGACGGAACCACCGACAGGAGUCUGGUCUAGAAGUGCGUACAGAAAGUCUAUGAGUGCAAAGGUUGAUAAACCAUCGAAAGACACGACAGAUAGGACCACUUCUCCACGAAUACCGAAAGUUAAAAGCGAGCAUGAGUUGAAUGAUGAAGGUUUUGAAGAGACGCAGAGUCUUAACUCAGAAAGUGCGUCACAAGGUGCUUCAUCUGGCUGUAACGUCGACUGUGAGUCGCCAACGCCUAAAAAACCUGAUAUCCCAAAGAAAAUUACAACCAAAGAUUCGAAAACUCCGCCGCGAACACCGCUAGAUCCCAAGCGAACGUUCUCGAACCGAGCCAGUUCUUUACGAGUUGAGAGAUCCAUUUCUAGAGCGUCACUACGAAGCUCUCGAAGUUCUCUGAAUAGUUCCGCUUCCGUAGCUACUGUCAAACGAGCGCCAGUGACUCCAAAACCAGCUCCGAAACCGGUCCCAAAAGUCGUUGCUAGGAUGCCAGCCUCAAGAUCCUCAUCAAGUGGAAGUUCAGUCGCUUCCAGGCCUCCACUAAAGACGAAUAGGCCAUCGAACUUUAUGAAGCCAACUCAAGCUUCAAAGGGCCGGCUCUCCAUUUCCGGGCCUACACCGACGCCGAUACCGACUGUCAAAAACGUCAAAUGAAUUUGACAUUGACAUGCGACGUACUCAGAUAUUUUUCAAGUUCCGCACGGAACAGAUAAAAAAUAUCUUUGCUUGUGCAUCGAAAUCGUGGCCAUACAAGGCAUUAUUAGUAUUAAUUGUUAACAUUUAUUAUUGGAAGCUUCAGAUAGGUUCCAGGCGCUUAGAAUCUCAUCGAAUAUCUGAAGAUUUCAAUGACUGAUAUAUUUUACUAAGAUCUGUUUUAUUAAGUCAUCCCCGUACGUAACCCUAACAUUCUAUAGAAUUAAAAAUAAUACAAAUAUAUAUUUUUUAAUUUUGUAUUUACUAUACCAUUAUAAUUGUACGGGUAUCUUAUAAGUAGAUUAAAUUGUACCAGUGAUUAUAUUUAGACGGUUAUUAAUUCAAGUCGAUUUUUUAUUUAAAACUUGACUUCCGUCCGAGGCAAACAAUUGUAACAACACAGGAUUAUUUUUAUCUUAACUAAAACCAGUAAAAAAGAUUUAUAAUUGCAAUAACUAUAAAUUUAUUUAAACAAAUUUAAAUUGAAAUAUUUAAAAAUAUCCUUUAAAUAUUUUUCUUUGACUGAGAUAUGUUUCGAACAAUAAACUAUUGUUUCUUUUUUAUUCGGUGGCAUUCAUUUGUAAAUUUGAGAAAAUAAUUAAAAAAUGUCAAUAAAUUAUGUCAGUGAAUAAAAAAAAAAUUAUAAAGUAAUCUUUAUAAUCAUUUCAUAUAAUUUAAAUUAUCAUACAAAUAACAAAAUUACAGUGUCUUAAAGAUAAAAGUAAGCCUGUAGAUAUUAUCAUUAAUAAAUAACUCUAGAUCUGACUAAAACCUUUUAUUACUAUAUAUUAUUUAUUAAGAUAAAUGGCGCUAUUGUAUAUAAUAUAUAAAUUUUUAAUAAAGUAAUAAUUAUAUUACAUAUUUUAAAUAGACAUAUUAUGUUUUACUGUGACUUUUUAGAUUGUGUUUUGUGAUUAUAAUAAACAAUUCAUAGUACUUUAUAAUAUUGUGGCCAGAACAAACAGUUUUUCAAAAAAUAAUAAAAUUGUAGUCACAGUAAGAUUUAAAUUUUAGUAUCAUUAACAUGGAUUACAAGAACGCGUGGAGAGCGUUUUUGUUGCGGGGGGUUGAGGUAAGCUUCGCCGGCUUUGAUUGGUCGACAGUUGAGUGACGUUUGGCAACUAAUUCACAAUUCGUGCGUUGAGCAACACAGAUAAUGCAUAUGUUUGAUAUGAGUGCAUACGCGCUCUCCACUGCUUUCUUGAACUCUAUGGUCAUUAAUAACACGGUUCUGUAAUUGUAAGAUUAACACACAUUUUUUAUUAUUAUUGUAUUACUAAACGAAAUACAAUAAUCUUAUACCACCAACAA